CUGCGUGAUAUAAGUUGGCAAAGUUAGUAGCCCGAAAAAAAACUUGAGGGAAUUCAUCAGCUUGUAGACUGUAAACUGCUCUUUGUUCUUUUUGUACGCUUGAGUCAUGAGCUUUAUUCGAGUCUUACAUAUGUAUAUAGGAAAAUGCAUUUGAUGCGGCCAGAUAAGGCCAUGCAAAUAAAUGCCUUUAAAAGUGUCGCAGUUCCACUUAACGCUUCACAGUGCGCAUUUCAGAGAGAACCGUUGAGCAUAUUCGCUGAUCUUUCUCAGUCGCCGCAACACAAUGCAUAUUGGGUGUGAGCUGCUGCUGCUUUUACUGGUUGCCUGUGUAUUCUUUAGCCAUACGCAGGCCUACUCGGCUCUUCAGGAUGCUCGGAUUAUCGCUCAGUAUAAGCGGCAGCUGGAACUAAAUCAUGCCAAGAUCGCGCGCCAACUAGUGCACCGUGCCAAUUGGGCAUCUGUGGGCAGCAUUUCAACCAACGAAGUUGUGAAAGACUAUCCCAUGGUUAAUAUAAUAUCAGUCGAUGACACUGGUCUUGGGGGCAACUCCACGGGCGUAAUACGAUUUUUGCUUGUCGAUUUGGAUUUUACGGGCCCAGACUGGCAAAAAAAUAACAAGGUGACUUUCAUGUUUACGGAUGAGCAAACACUGAAAUGCAAGAAUGCGAACAUGGAUCCCAUGGAGCCAACUUGUGCGCGUGUCAUAAUCAGCGGUCAAGUGAAAAAGCUCCCGGACCAUGAUCCAAGCUAUAAACCCGCACUUAACAUUUUUAUUAAACGCCAUCCAGCGGCGGCCAACUGGAUAAAUGAGCAUAAUUUCUAUCUGUGCGAACUGAACAUAAGGAAUAUAUUUGUGCUGGACUUCUAUGGUGGUCCGCACCAGGUCAACGCCACGGACUAUUACGCUAUUAAGAUUUAAGCACUGAUUAACGUAGUAUCUACGUUUUAGCUACCACUUGACGCGCCAGUCCUUUGUUUACCAACCGAGAAAGAAUUAUGUACACUGAUAAGAGAAUUGUCUCUUUGAACUGGCGAUAUUUCCGUAUUUAUAUAUUGUACUGAAUUACUCUCUGUUCAUCUAUCUGACAAUAUUAUAUAUGGAUUUACGAAAUAAUGAGAAAUUGGUGAAAGCAACAGAUAUCAGGAAAAAUGCGACUUAAGCAAAAAUAAAGAUUUAAUUUAAGGAAUCGUA